UCAGAUACGUUACCAAAAUCUUCGUUUGACGAGAAGAAUAAGGACCACUGGAACAUACAAGCUCAAUGGACACUCAGAUCUAAGGUUCUAGCUCCUUUGAACAAGAAGAUAGCAAAGAAUGUCAUCCUGUUUCUUGGUGAUGGCAUGAGUAUAACAACCCUGGCUGCCACGAGGGUGUACCUCGGACAGAAAUAUGGCCACUACGGUGAAGAACUACGCCUUAGUUUCGAAGCGUUCCCUUAUACGGGACUAGCAAAGACAUAUUGUGUAGACAACAAUGUAGCUGACUCAGCGUGCAGUGGAACAGCAUACCUGACUGGGGUGAAGGCCAACAGUGGGACAGUGGGCCUCAGCGCGGCUGUGAAGCGGGGCGACUGUGCUGGCCAAAGGGACGGUUACCAUUCCGUAACUGGGUUGAUGGACUGGGCACAAAGAGCUGGAAAGAGCACUGGUGUAGUGACAACCACACGGGUGACGCACGCCUCACCGGCAGCUUCAUACGCCCAUUCAGCCGACAGAAAAUGGGAAGCAGAUUCUGACCUACCGAAACACGGUCUACGUUGCGACGACAUUGCCACACAGCUUGUUAAUGGACGGGUUGGGAAAAACAUUAAUGUAGUUUUUGGCGGCGGAAGAAGAAACUUCAUUUCAAAAAAAGAACGCGACUCCGAGGGUUUCCAUGGGCACAGACGAGACGGUAAAGAUCUGAUCAAAGAGUGGCUUCACAACAAGAGAUCUCAGGGUGAUGUAGCAAAAUAUAUAUACCACAGAGACGAAUUGUUGAACCUAAAUGUGGCAGAUUAUAAUAGCGUUUUGGGUCUGUUCUCUCCGGAUCAUAUGCCAUACAAUUUAGAGGCUGGUGAUGAUGACCCAUCAUUGAAUGAGAUGACUGAAAAAGCUAUUAAGUUACUAUCGAAGAAUGAAAAUGGAUUCUUCUUAUUCGUUGAGGGUGGUAGAAUAGACACGGCACAUCACGAAACCAAAGCUCGUAAAGCGUUGGAUGAGACAGCCGAGUUUGCCAAAGCCGUUGAAGCAGCACUGAGGAUAGUUGACCCUGAAGAGACCUUGAUUGUCGUGACUUCAGACCACAGUCAUACUAUGACCUAUAGCGGAUAUAGCAAGCGGGGGUCAGAUAUUCUUGGAUUUACGAAUAAGAUGAAUGCAUCGGAUGGUUUUCCAUACAUGACCCUAAGCUACGCCAACGGUCCAGGGUACAGAAAUGAAGAGCAAUACGCAAGGUCCAAUCUACAAUUGGAAGAUAUAAAGAGUCUCAACUUCACCUUUCCAUCGCUAGUGCCAAUAUCCCGCGAGACUCAUGGUGGCGAAGAUGUGGCUGUCUUCGCGAAAGGACCCUGGUCACAUAUCUUCAGCGGGAACUAUGAACAGAACUACAUACCUCACGCUAUCGCGUUUGCAUCUUGCAUCGGCCCAGGAUUCACGAGCUGUGAACAUUGA